AUGGUUUUGACGAAUCACUGGCAGAGCCAGCUCCAGCUUGCUCAGACUUCGCGGGCGAGCAGCUCCCCACAUCACCAUGCUCGAGCUGCUGCCACAAUCUCUCGCGGCGGGACCGCCACGGCCUCUGGCAUGACUGAUCUGCUUUUUUCUGGAAACGGGAGUACGCCUCUGCUGUCUGGUGUUUCUUUCAAGUCUUAUGGCUUGCAGCAUGCUCGGGUUGAGUCUGCGGAUAUCGACGGCCGUGCGCUUGCUUCUGAUGAAAUCAACGAUCACCGCCAGGACUGGUCAGCGCUUGAUAUGGGAGGCCAAGGUCUUCGCAACAUCAACGUCAACUUGUUCAACUACCAGUUUUUAGACAAGCUUUACAUCAAUCACAACAGACUUAUGUCGCUUCCUGGGGCUAUUCGCAAUCUGUGCCAGCUCUCUGUCUUGGAUCUCAGCGGAAACAUGCUCACUUCGCUACCUCCCGAGAUUGGUUUGCUGCGGAGUUUGCGGAUGCUCUUGAUUAUCGACAACAACAUAUCGAAUCUACCGCCUGAAAUGGGAAUGCUGUACAAGUUGGAAGUGCUGGGAAUAGAAGGGAAUCCAUUACCUGAGUCCAUCAAGUCGCUGAUGUCCCGAGAAGGUACCCGAGGUGUUAUUGUUGAGCUCCGAGAUAACGGUCCUCCCCCUCCUACUCCUGCAGACCGAGAUUGGAUCGAACUGGAUGAAGAAGCACAGAAUCACAAGGACGAACUUUUCACUGUGGUUUCUUACAACAUUCUUUGUGAUCGGUAUACUGGAAUCUACGGCUAUUGUCCAAAAUGGGCACUCACUUGGGAAUACCGGAAGGCUCGACUUCAGGAGGAGUUGCAAAGAUACAACGCAGACAUAUUCUGUCUGCAGGAAGUUGACGGAGAAACAUACGAAGAGUUUCUGACUCCUCUGCUGAAAGACUAUGGUGGAUACUACUGGCCCAAGACGAGAGUGAAGACUAUGGGAGACAAGGAGCGGAAGAAGGUUGAUGGUUGUGCGAUAUUCUACAAGAAGUCUGUUUUCAAGCUGCUGGAAAAGCAGUCCAUUGAGUACAACCAAGCCGCGCUGAAACUACUAUGGGAAAACGAGACCAUCAGUAAGUUCCCGGACAUCUAUAACCGAAUAUCAACACGAGACAAUGUUGCCAUUGUUGUAUUUUUGGAGCACAUCAAGACGGGCAACCGACUGAUUGUUGGAAACACUCAUCUGCAUUGGGAUCCGUUGCAGAUGGACGUCAAGCUUGUGCAAGUCGGAUUGCUGAUGAGCGAGAUUCGAGACAUGGGCGAGAAGUUUGCAAAGACAAAACCGUCGGAAUUGCACAAGGAAGCGUAUAGCUCUGCGUCACAGAUACCGAUGAUUGUGUGCGGUGACUUCAACUCGACGGUGGACAGCGGUGUGUACGAGCUCAUCACGCACGGCGAGGUGAAGGGAGACCACAACGAUAUGCAGGGAUUCAAGUACGGAAAGUUUACGGCGGGAGGAAUCCAGCACCCGUUCACACUCAAGUCUGCGUACUCAAACAUCGGAGAGCUGUCGUUUACGAACUGUACGCCUACGUUCACCGAAUCGAUCGACUACGUCUGGUACUCGGCCAACAAUCUAUCUGUGACCGGACUGCUGGGCGAGCCGGACAAGGAGUACAUGUCUAAGGUUAUUGGGUUUCCUAACGCGCAUUUCACGUCAGAUCACAUAUCGCUGAUGGCAGAGAUGCAGUUCAAGAAGUCAUAA